AUGCAGAAGGUCCAAGUGCUUAGCGAGUCGGAGCGUCGGGCGCGACGGCUACAGACGCGGUUGGAACGGGCUGAGCUGACGGCACCGGAGCAGACGCAGGCGGGCAAGGCGCUCGACGACGAGCUGCACAAGCUGACGCAGAACGUGCGGCUGUUCUCGAUGCAGAUGGCGGAGGAACGAGCGCUGGAUGCUGCUAUCCGCGACGAUGCUGUCCGCCGCCGCCGUGAGGCGCGGCGCGUCCGGCGCGAGAAGGAUCGCAUGGCCAACACGGGCGCGGGCGGAGAAGAAAAAGCUCGCGCUGGGCGCGCGCUAGCCAAGGAGCGUGCUCGGCAGCGCGCUCGUGACGCCAAGGUCGCCAUCGGCCCACAUCCGCUCACCCGGCCCAUCUUGCGGACGCUUGCUGACCAGGACGCUAUUGGCCGCUCGGCUGCGCGCGCACGCUACGCGUCGGAUCAGGCUGCGUACGCGCUGUUUCUGCAGACCGAAGCCUGGCGGGCGCCGCGGCCGGACGAACAGGAAGAGGCCGCGGUGCUGGCGGCCAAGAUGAAGGAGGCCCACAUCACGUUUGAGCUCGACGAGGUCGUUGACGACAUCAAUCUUGUAGCGCCGAUCAAAGGCAUCGACUCGGAUGCGGUGCUCGACAUCCUCGACCUGCAGUCGUCGCGCGCGGCGCAGCGGCUGCUCCUUCGUCUGCCGACUGACGGCGGCAGCCCGCUGCGGUCGGGAUUGGACCCCGACCGCGGAUGGGAUGCACCGCUGCCGCCACCGCCGACCAUCCUGCCGCCUCUUACUGAUGAUGCGGAGCGCUGAGGUCAAUUGUCAUUUACUUGUCGCAUUCUCACUUGGAGCCGUGGAGUGAGUGGACGACCCCGCGGCGCGAGAGUCCCAUCCGGCGGCGGACGCCUCCACUGAGCAUCUUGAGGCCUCCAAGGCCCUUGCUCUCCCCAGACGGUAGCAGCGGCUUGGCACGUUUGCG